AUGUCGUCUACAACAAAUAACAACACUCGUUAUCGUUAUGGAUGUACGGGUCCAGGAUGUAACAUAUUGAAUAGCUUUAUAGAAAACUUAUUUCGUAAAAUAGCACCGAACAAAGCCAAAGUAAAACCAGUUCGUAAUGAGCCACUGGAAAAUGGUUCAUUACCAUCCCAAUGGAAUUGUUCCGUAGAUAUUUAUAACUUGGAACGGAAAGUUGAUAGUUUAUCAGAAUUUAAAGAUGAAGAUUUUACUAGUGAACUUUUUAACGAAGUAAUUAUUUUUACUCCCGCUCAAAAAGUGUCAGGUCGCUCUACCACUUUACGCACCCAUGGCAUGACCCGUGAUCCUAAAUCAAAGGCCUAUAUGAUGGUGAUGACAUUAGCUGAUUAUGGAGACUUAUCCACAUACUUAAAAAAAGAAUUUUCAAAAGUUACUUAUAUUCAUAAACUCGAGAUUCUUUAUGACAUAGCAACUGGUAUUUGUCAGAUUCACGAGUCUGGACUUGUGCAUCGUGAUUUACAUAGUCGUAAUGUGUUGUUUCAAGGAAUAAAAAAUAGGAGUAUGGGCCGUGGCGAAAACCAUCGAUUUGUAAUUGGAAAAAGACCUGAAAUCGUACCUAAUACUCCAAAAUUGUAUGCUGAUUUAAUGCAAAGAUGCUGGUGUGAUAAUAAGGAGAAAAGACCAAGCGCAUUCGAGUUAUAUAUGACGAUUGGAACUUGGUUAAAUCAAUGUUUGUUUGUUCCCGACUCUGAGAUUACUAAAAGAUUUAAAAAAGGAGAUGAACACAGUUUAAAGAUACCACAAUCUCAAAGUUUGCAUCCAGAAAAUGUUUUAUAUAGUACUUAUCAUAAAACAUUACCAUUAAAUCCCGUCAAUCCAACUGUGGACCCAUACAAUUCCAUUUCAGAUUAUGAUGAUGACUAUUUAUUCAUGACUAUUACUGAUGCGAUAUAA